AUGGGCCAAAAACCUUCUACAGUGCAUCAAAAUAAUUUAGCAAAUGAACUUUAUCUCGCUUGUUGUAAUGGUGAUAUUAAUCGAGUUCGAGAACUCUUACCACAUUCCAGUUAUACUGAAGUCAAUUAUCUCCAUCCUAUCACUGGAUUUAGUCCAUUACAUGUUGCUUGUUCGUAUGGUCAUGAUGAAAUAGUUCGAAUCUUACUUGCAAAUAUUUAUUGUGAUCGUAACAUUCGAAAUCGAAACGGUAACACACCGUAUGAUGAAUCAAAUUUAACAAGUAUUCGAUCCUUAUUUGCUCGUCCACUAUCUCUACACAGACAAAAUCGUUUUAUGGAUGAUUCUACCAGAACGUCACCAUUUCAGUUGAUUACUGAUAGUGAGUCAUCGUCUGAUCGUCCAGAUCAUUGGGUUACGGGCUAUUUUUCGUCUGCUGAAGCAGUUGAUUCUCAAUUGAUGUUGACAUUAUCUCAAACGUCAAGUCCAAUUAUGAAAUUCUUUUUAAAUGCUCGUACAGAACGCGAAAGUCGACAAAUAGUUCGAGGAUUGAUCGAAGUCAAUAUUCCAAUCAAUCAUCGUGAUUAUCAAAAUGCUCAGAAUCUUUAUAAACAAUUUAUUGAUAAAAAUUCAAUUGAAUCUCUUCUUACAAUUUACACACUUCAAACACCAUUUUACAAUGCUUUACAAAUGAAUGCUGAUGCUUAUGCAGUUCUUGUAUAUUUACAUCUUCAAGAAAUUCGUACACGGGCGUUGCAUGGAAUCACUUAUCGAGGCAUGAAUAUAUCACAUGCUGAUUUCGAAGCUUAUAAAUGGGCUUAUGCACGAGCCGCCGUUCUUCAAACACGUAUUUUUCAAUCAACAUCAAAAAGUCCAGAGGUGGCUUAUGCUUUGGGUGACCAUCCCGUAGUAAACGAUCGAAUAUCGAUUAUUAUGUGUUUCGACUUUGACGAACCAUGUCCAUCAGCAAUUGAUCUUUGCGGCAUUUCUUAUUUUAAAGAUGAAGACGAAGUUCUUCUACUACCAUUUACCCUUUUUCGAGUUAUUUCAAUCAGCGAGAUUAAUUUUUUCCAUCACACUUAUCAAAAAAUAACAAUGAAAAAUCUACCCGUACCAUCCAGCACAUUAUGGGCAUCAUCAAGAAAAAAACGAAAAUAA